GCCUACCGUCGCACCGUCAAGUCAGAAUUCUCUCACCCGCUCUCUUCCGCUACCGCACACUUUUUUUUCAUACAACGACGAAUCUUCUACUAAAAAAAAAGACCAUUUUCUUCUACUCUAUAAGUUCGUUUCGCAUUCGGUUUUCUUGUUGGCAGUAAAUUUACUUUUCUGCACAUGCAGUUUUCCUUUUGUUUCUCUUUUUGGAAAUAAAUAAUAAUUAUUUAUUAAAAAAGAAAGAUAUAGUUCCUGCAAAUUAAAGAAGAGUCAAACGAAAAAACCAGAACCGUCAAAACAUUUUUUUUUUCGUGAAACAGAAUCAAAACCAAAAAAAAAAACCAAUUUUGUGCAAAAAAAUGUCGUCCACCAUACAACAGCAGCCACUGCUGCAACCAACCAAUAAUGAAGAUGAUAAAAAACCGACUUCGACUGCCGACGAACAAUUAAAUGCAGCUGAAAACUUUAAAAAUCAAGGAAAUGAUUUGCUCAAAACUAAGGAUUUUUCCAAAGCGAUAGAGAUGUACACCAAAGCUAUAGAACUUAAUCCCAAUAAUGCUAUAUACUACGCAAACCGUAGUUUAGCCCAUUUACGGCAGGAGAGUUUUGGAUCUGCCCUUCAAGAUGGUAUUGCUGCAGUUAAAUCAGAUCCAGCAUACUUGAAGGGUUAUUAUAGACGAGCAGCCGCUCAGAUGUCAUUAGGAAAAUUCAAACAAGCUUUAUCAGAUUUUGAAUAUGUAUCCAAGUGCAGACCAAAUGAUAAAGAAGCUAAAAUGAAAUUUACAGAGUGUAAUAAAAUUGUAAAAAUGCGUGCAUUUGAACGUGCCAUUGCUGUAGAUAAACCCGAAAAGACACUCUCCGAGAUGUUCCGUGAUUUGGAAAAUAUAACUAUUGAAGAUGAUUAUCAAGGUCCGGCGUUGGAGGAUGGAAAAGUUACAAUUAAGUUUAUGGAAGAUCUUAUGGAACAUUAUAAGAAACAAAAGAAACUCCAUCGAAAAUAUGCCUACAAAAUCCUUUGUGACAUUGAUGUCUAUCUGCGCAGUCAACCGUCCCUGGUGGAUAUUCAUGUGCCAGAUGAAUCAAAAUUCACAAUUUGUGGCGAUAUUCAUGGUCAGUUUUAUGAUCUAAUGAAUAUUUUCAGCAUCAAUGGGCUACCAUCGCCUACCAAUCCGUAUUUGUUCAAUGGAGACUUUGUGGACAGAGGCUCAUUUUCAGUGGAAUGUAUUUUCACGUUGUUUGGAUUUAAAUUGCUAUAUCCUGAUCAUUUCUUCCUGUCAAGAGGCAAUCAUGAAAGUAUCAACAUGAACCAAAUGUAUGGAUUUACCGGCGAAGUAACUGCCAAAUAUACAAGUACAAUGGCAGAUAUCUUCACUCAAGUGUUCAACUGGCUGCCAUUAUGUCAUUGUAUAAAUAAUAAGAUCCUCGUUAUGCAUGGUGGACUCUUCUCUAGUGAUAAUGUGACGCUUGAUGACAUUCGUAAAAUUGAGCGUAACUGCCAGCCACCAGAAGAAGGCAUCAUGUGUGAAUUAUUGUGGUCUGAUCCACAAGCAUGGGCGGGCCGUGGUCCAUCAAAGAGAGGUGUAGGCAUACAAUUUGGUCCAGAUAUUACAGAGGCUUUCUGUAAACGUAACAAUCUAGACUAUAUAGUAAGAAGUCAUGAAGUCAAAGAUAUGGGUUAUGAGGAAACUCAUGACGGAAAGUGCAUUACCGUAUUUUCUGCUCCAAAUUAUUGCGAUACAAUGGGAAAUAUGGGAGCGUUUAUAACAAUCAAAGGCAACGAUCUGAGACCAAAGUUCCAGCCGUUUGUGUCUGUGCCUCAUCCGGACGUCAAGCCGAUGGCUUAUGCAAAUAGCUUAAUGAGUUUACUAGCGUAGUCACAUUUAUGUUAAACAAAUCAAAUUCAAUCAAAUAAUAAUUAAAUACAAAAAGAAAAAAACAACAACAACAAAAAGAAAAUUAAAUAAACAGAUAAAAAACCAAUCAAGCAAUCUACAAACAGAGCAUAAAGCUUUUAAACAGAAACAACAACAAUUAAAACUGUAAGGAGAAUAGCAUUCUAAACACAGAAAACAACAACAACAAACCGCAUAUCACGAUAAUCACGCAUUGACUAGAAAAACAAAAACAGUCUCCUCUAAGAAUUAACCCAUUCCUUCAUAUAAAUACGUGUACAAUGUACAUUCUUUACACAAUUUUUUAGAUUUAUUAUUAUACUUUUACACGUUGAUGUGUACGAAUUUGUUAAAAUUUGAGAUUUAAGAACUUUUUUUUUAUGAGUUAUCUGUCCCCGAAUCCCACAACAAAAAAAAAAAGAAAAACACCACACAACAGCAACGACCUAGUCCCAAAGAUUU